AUGGGCUCCAUCGACACCACCACCAACGCCUCAUCUGAGAUUCAAUUCGCCUCCCGCACGCCCGAGUCGACUAUCACCGCCGCGCAAAAACACCUCCAGGACCAUGGCUGGGCCGUGAUCCCAGACGUGCUGUCGCCAGAAGAGAACGCACUCGUGCUCUCGCACUUGUGGGCGGCGGCCGACAAGUUCCGCAAGCAAGGGGACGACACGUUCAUGCCGAUCCUCGACCCCAACGCCUCCAACAUCCGCGUCUUCUACCUCAUGGCGCUGGACAAGAUCUUCCGCGACCUGAUCCAGCAUCCUGUUGCUGUGGAAAUGGUGGAGAAAGUGCUGGGCGACAACUGGCUGAUUAGCAAUUUCACGGCCAACAUCGCACGGCCGGGGUCCAAGAGCAUGGCCCUGCACAGCGAUCAGUCGCUGGUGAUGCCCGAGCCUUGGACAGCGACGUGGGCGAUGAACGUGAUCUGGUGUCUGGACGAUGUGUACCUGGAGAACGGGGCGACGCUUUUCAUCCCGGGCAGCGACAAGUGGACGACCCGCGAGGAUAUCCCCAAGAACGCACGAUCCCUACUAAAGCCCUUUGAGGCCAAGGCGGGCAGUAUCGUGCUCAUGAACGGACGGGUCUGGCACACUUCGGGAUCCAACAUCACCAAGGACAAGGAUCGGGCGCUGCUCUUUGGGUACUAUACCGUGCCGUUCCUGAGGCAGCAAGUCAAUUGGACGGCCAAGAUGCCCGAGGAGGUCAAGAAGGAGCUGUCGCAGGAGCUGACGGAGAAGCUGGGCAUGAAUGUGCAUGCGAACAUGGCCCAAGUGAGCUUGUUGAAGUAUCUGGACGAGGUGUUUCCGCCGGAGGAACACGAGGGUGGUGAGAAGUUGAGUUAUUGA